GUCGCAAACUACUGCGUUGUCCCUUCCUAACAAACGCGCAACGCCUCCGGGAUUUAGAGCGAGAGAAAGAUAGCGCGAGGUUUUAGAGAGAGAAAUCAUAUAGUUCAACAAUGGCGAAAAAAUUGCAGAUCUCGAAACCCUAGCUUCUCUCUCCGAAGCUUAUCUUUCUUUCUCAAUUUUCUUUCCAUUUCUUCAAGAAAUCGUUUCUUGAUUUCAGCGUCGAGUUUGCGUUCGAGAUCGGCGUUUUUUGGCGGUUCAAUUUCUUGGAGACCGUCAUUUCCUUGCCACGCUUUACAGCGUCGAUUCUUUGAACUUUCUUCGCAUUAUCUUUCUCUUCGCUCUCUUGCAUUUUGAUCGAACUCGCGAGUUUUGUACCGAUUCCACCAUUUUUGUUGGCCAGCGAAGGUUUUCCGGCAAAGAAUUCUUACAUAUGAACUGAAAAUUAGAAUCCGGUUAUACUGUGUUUUCAUCGGAUAAUGGACGACCGCGGUGGUUCAUUUGUCGCUGUGCGCAGAAUUUCUCAGAGUUUGGACCGCGGCUCUUGCCAUACGAAUUCCGGAAGUUUGAGCAGGAAAAAUAUUGAUCAACUGCACCCACCCAUAGUCUUCUAUAGAAAUGCUGAGGUGGUUGCGGGAUCAACAGCUUGGUUAGGUAAAGGUCUUUCGUGUGUUUGUGCUCAAAGAAGAGAUAGUGAUGCUCGGCCAUCGUUUGAUUUGACUCCUACCCAGGAAGAGUGCUUGCAACGGCUGCAGAGCCGUAUAGAUGUUCAAUAUGACAGUUCAAACCCAGAACACCAGGAAGCUUUGAGGGCAUUGUGGAAUGCUGCCUUUCCUGGUGAAGAACUUCGUGAUUUGAUAUCUGAACAAUGGAAGGAAAUGGGAUGGCAGGGGAAAGAUCCAUCCACAGAUUUCAGGGGUGGCGGCUUUAUAUCAUUGGAGAACUUGUUAUUUUUUGCUAGAAAUUUUCCGAAAUCCUUUCAGGACCUUCUGCGUAAGCAGGAGGGAGAUCGGGCUAUGUGGGAAUACCCAUUUGCUGUAGCAGGUGUGAAUAUUACCUUUAUGCUGAUCCAGUUGCUAGACCUUGAAGCAGUCAAGCCACGAACACUGAUUGGAGCAAUUUUCCUAAAGUGUCUUUCUGAGAAUGAGUCAGCAUUUGAUCUGCUCUAUUGCAUCACCUUCAAGCUGCUUGACCAUAUAUGGCUUGAGAUGCAUGCUUCAUACAUGGACUUCAAUGCGGUGAUGAAGGCCACACGCCGUCAGCUUGAGAGAGAAAUGAUGCUUGAGGACAUCAUACGACUUGAAGACUUGCCAUCAUAUAGCCUUCUCUUUAAAUAGAUAGCUUGCCGAGAAAACUAAGAUGAACGUUAGAUGCUGAGAUGUUGGGAACCUUUAUACUGUUGUUGAAUUAGUCCAUUCCUUCCACGGGGCAAUUCUCUGGCUUUGAUGCCUAAACUGGAUGGCGCCUGGUCCCAGAAGAUUUAUUGAAACCCAGAUUCAUUGUCAGUUUGGUUUUAGGAGAGUGGCUUUUGUAAGUACACAAGGUCAUAAAUCCUGCAACUAUAGUACCUAACUGAAUUGAUUUAGGCGUGGCCAGUUUAAACUUGUCAAUGAAAAUAUGCCACUUUUUAGGGCUUGGGUUUUCUUAA